AAUUAAUAAAAUAUUAUAGUGAUGACUCUACAGUAUCAAUAAACAGCCUUAGAGACAGUGGGAGCGGUAUGAAUAAUAUCUUUAGGAACAGAGCAGAAGAAUUUAAGGUAUAAUCUGUCUCUCUGUUGUUAAUUGUGCAAAGUAGGAGGCAUCUACCUGAAAAAGUGAAAAAUACAUCUGGAAGAAGAUGGGAUCUCCUCCCCGCGUCCAGCCCGAGGUAGGUGCUCGCUCCUGCCCCUGCUUUGGAUGCAUGCGGCGCCUCCCGCCCGCUCCCCCGCCUCCCGGUCCCCAAGGAAAUGCACACAUAGAUGAGUGCAGAGCUUUCCCUUCCCUGCCCGAAGCUGCGAAUGCUUAAAGGGGAAACCUUUUCUAAAAGGCACCGAAGGCGAACCCCAGAGCACAGUUUCACAGAGGGAAGACAGCCAUUUGGUUCGUGUGCUCUGCUGCUUCCCCCCCGUGCAGAAGUGUUGCUAAGCUAUAGCGUUAUGCGAUGUUCGACGGGAUCUGUAGGCACACUAACCCUUUGUUCCACAGUUGUUGCUACUGAGAAGGAAGGAAUUGAUGCUCGAUAGCCUUGGUGACUUAAAAAAAAAAAAAUCACCACUAUAAACCUCUCUCCUCCCUGAAACAGUUUUUAUCUAUGGCAUAGGGAAGGGAAGAAGCAAAACCUGAUUAGGCUGCAAUUCUUGUACGGGUGCAGAUGCUCCCGUCAAUGAAAAUGGAAGCUUUCACCACAAACUUAAAACCAGUCAGACCAACACGUCUUCAAUAUCACUUCCAAAGUACGUGCUGUGAAAACAUCCUGGUGCUGUGCACAUGUCCUGUAAAUGAGAAGUAUGUGCACACACUCGACAAAUGAGCCCCCCCGCCCUCCUACAAAUGGGGAUGCAUUUAAUUUCAGCCUUGUCCUGCUGUAUCAAUCAGGUGCCACAACCAGUACAAGGAAAACGUGAGAAGAUUAAAAUCCCUGAAACAUAACUGAAGCUGUCCUGUUUAACACCAUAAGCACUACACAUGAUUUGGCCAGCUGAUACUAUAAAUACAUUUCAAAGUACUAAAAACAAGGUGUCAUUUAGAAUAUCAUUAUUCAUUUCUGUGAGGAACCCUCAAAACUUCUGACACUUAAAGGUAAGAGAGAGACCAACGCUUUCUAUGCCCUUCUUCCCUUACACAGUUAAAUGCAAAUUCCCCUUUACAGUCAUAUUCCUGCUAUCUCCCUGCAUACACAGCUGAUACGCCACCUACUGCAAAAGCCAGCUGACAGACCAAGCAAUGCUAGCAGCAUUUCCAUUCCAACAUCGUGCCGGAGCUGAAGAAAGGUGCUUUUAAAAAAAUCGUCUUUUCAAGCUGACAGGAACAAAGCAAGACUGCUGGCUUUUCGUCCUCGCUUCGAUAAUGGAGAGAAAAUCAAACAGAAGAGCAAAGGAAUCUGAAGAAAAACACUGCACCUCCGAAGGCUCGGAGCAAGACAAGGACUAUAAAACGUCUCUGGUUACUCUGAACGUUGGUGGCUAUCUAUACAUCACACAGAAACAAACACUAACCAAGUAUCCAGACUCGUUUCUUGAAGGUAUCAUCAACGGCAAGAUAAUGUGCCCUUUUGAUGCGGAUGGACAUUACUUCAUAGACAGAGAUGGACUCCUUUUCAGGCACAUUCUGAACUUCCUACGAAAUGGAGAACUUCUGCUACCGGAAGGGUUUCGAGAAAAUCAACUUUUGGCACACGAAGCAGAUUUUUUUCAGCUUAAGGUAUUAUCAGAUGCAGUGAAAUCGAAGUGGGAGAAGGAGCAGCUAGCGUCUAGAGAGACUACUUUCCUGGAAAUAACUGACAGCCACGACCGUUCCCAGGGUCUUAGGAUUUUUUGUAAUGCUCCCGAUUUCAUAGCAAAAAUUAAAUCCCGGAUCGUACUGGUGUCCAAAAGCAGGCUGGAUGGCUUUCCAGAGGAGUUUUCUGUGUCUUCAAAUAUUAUCCAAUUCAAAUACUUCAUAAAGUCUGAAAAUGGUACACGACUUGUGCUGAAGGAGGACAACACCUUUGUCUGCACCCUGGAGACUCUUAAGUUUGAGGCUAUUAUGAUGGCUUUAAAAUGUGGAUUUAGACUGCUGACCAGCCUGGAUUGCUCGAAAGGGUCUAUUGUUCACAGCGAUGCACUUCAUUUUAUCAAGUAAUUGCAAAGGCAGAGGAAACGAGCAUGCAGCCAGCAAACCUCCUGUAACUACAGCGUCCUGGCAUCACAAAUAUCGUAUCUAACUAGCCCUGUGCCACAGAGCUCGGCUGCUAAUCAGUUAAUGUGAGCUAAUGGUAUGUAAAUCUCAUAAUGACAUCCAUCUCUGGCUUACUUAAAGCUGAAUGAGAAUUUUAUGCCUGAAUUUAAUAAAAAAAAUUAUCUGCUAACCACUGUAAACACAGAUUGAAUGCUCUAUGCUAUUUGUAAUAUGUUUUCUUCAUGCUGUCUUUCAGCCGGAGAGUCUGGCUGGAUUUUUGUGUACUUGUAUGACUACCACGCACACACCUAGCUGCUCUGCUAAGCAGUAGGGAGAGUAUUUUCAUAUAACAGGCAGGCUUAAAAUCUGUUUUGCUUAUAACAAGUCUCAGACUGGAUUUUAAAUGGAAUAAAUUCUUCUGAACGUUCGUUAGUGUUUAUGCGAUUGUCCUGGAUUUGCCAAAACAUGAAAUUGAAAGAGGGUUCAAAAUUAAUCAACUCGAUUUUAAAGUUAAACUAAUUAUUUCAACUCACUUAAAAUCAAAUUUACAGCUGUGUUACUACAUUAACAACAACUGCUAAAACAUGUAAACCAACAAAUAAUGCUGGGGAGGGAUUAGUUCUAUUAUGGGAAAUGAGCUGAAUCUGCAGAGAACGUUACAUUUUCUGGUUAGAUAUAUUUAUCAGAUGGCUAAUAAAAAUGUUUGGUAUAAAGUUUCACAUAACAGGCUUCCAAUAAUGACAUCCUACAAUGCUCAAGUUACUAUUUUCUACUAAUCAUUGGUGUUCAUAAAGACAGGCAAUUAACAGAGCCCUUGCUUUGCACAAUAGCUUUCUAAAAGCAGUUAGCAGUAUUAGUUUUGAAUAGACCACCUGCUGGCAUUUAAGAUGCAUGAAUAUAAGUAAUAGAAUAAAUAUCUUCUUUCUCCUCAUCUUCACAAUUUAUCAAAUCUGCUAAUUUAUAUUUUAAACAAGGUUUUAAUAGCUUCGACGGAACAGCUCUAAUUUAACGGCAAGCAUUACAAACCAGUCACUCCACAAAAGCCGACUGAAAAAUCAACACGCCACACAAAAAGAAGCUGCGCUAACUCAAAGUUUAAGCUUUGUCUAUCACUGGACUCUACCAUCAUUCACAGCUCAAAUGAAACCAAAAUUCAAGUAAAAUACCAUUAAAGACAGAAAAUCCAACCAACCAGUUUCUUAACUUUCCCAGAAUAUUAAUUUUGUAUAGAAAAAAGGAAAUAAACAUUAAGACCAUCCAAGUAAAAUGCACUACGGUCCAGAAUAGAAGUGACAACUGAGGAAAACAGCUAACAUUUGAUAGGCUGAAAACAAUUUUGUCUUGGCUUUUAGAGGGAACAAAUCCAUUUUCAGUAAUAGCAACUGGGAAUACAAACUCAAUGUCCCUUUGUCCAUCAAUGUGAAACCCCAGUUCACUUGUAACAUACAAUGACUGUUGGUAACUGGGUCCC